AUGGUUAAUCAAGAUGAUAAAUUUAAGAAACAUAAAAAUGAAAUGUGGCAAAAUGAUGAGAUAUAUAAAAACAAAUCUGUUAAUUCAACGAAAGAUAAUUCUUUUAUGAAUAUGAAUGGAAAGAAUAAUUUUCCUUUAGAAGAUGAAUAUAAGGAUAUAUUUCAGAUUAAUAAUUUUUCUAAGAAUAAUGAUCAUAAUAAAAAUAAUGUGCAUCUUAUAAAAAAUCAUAAUAUGAAACAUAAUAAUAAUUUUAUUACAAAUGAGGAAUCAGAAAAAAACUCUUUUUUAUCGAAUAAAGAUUUAAUUAUUUUUAAUUUACAAGAUAUUAAAAAUGAUGGUAAUAUGAAAAAGUUUGAUCAUACUAAUACAUUUCAAACAAAAUCUAAUACGACUACAAAUAAUUAUAAUCAAAGAAAUAGUCUAAAUGCUAUUUUGUCUAAUUCGAAUAUGAAUCCAAUCGAAACGAACCAAUUAAAUAAUGUAUUGAAAAAUGAUAAUACAAUAAAUAUGUAUGAAAAUAAUAAUUCAUAUUAUGAAAAAAAUAUUCAAGGAAAAAUGAAUAUUAUAAAUUUAAGUGAUAAUGAUAUAAAUCAUGAUGAUGAUAAAAGAAAUUCUUUGGAUAUUUUCCCUUUCUUUAAAAAAUUUAAAGGUAUAAGAACAAAAUUAUUAAGUUAUUAUGAUAUAGAUACAGACGUUGUCAUAUAUAGAUGUAUGUGUGCCUUAUUUCCAUAUUUAAAUGUUGACAAAAAUUAUGAUGUUAUAAAUAAUAUGUAUGAUAUUGAAAAAAAUUGUGUGAAUACAAAUGAAAAUGAUUUCGAUAAUAAUACGAGUACCAAAGAAUAUACAUCCCAAGAAAAGAACAUUUAUACAAACAACAGCAAAAGCAAUGUUAAAAAUAAUGAUAAAAUUAAUAAAGAUAAAACUAACCUUUUUGAUGACCAAACAUAUGAUGAAGAAAAUGUAAGAAAAUCAAGCAAUGUGAAUGAUGCUUUAGAUUAUUAUGAUAAUAAACUAGGGUUAGAAAAAAAUCCAGAUAUUUAUUCCUUCGUAUGGUUAAAUUUAUUUAUAUCCUUUCUAGUGUUUUUUCUUUUUAAUAUAAAAAAUGUAUUUUUCAAUGAUAUUAAUAAUAAUAUAUCAACAAAUGACAUAUUAUCAAAUAAUAGGAACAAUAAUAUUUUAGAUAAUCAAAGCAAAUUAAAUAUUUUAUAUAAUACUAUAUUUUUCAUAUAUUCAUUUAAUAUAUUUAUUCCCAUUAUAAUAUAUCUAACAAUUUAUUUCAAAACUAAAAAAAACCCACCUUUCAAAUUAAUAUAUCUUAUAUCUUUAUUAAGUUAUAAUAAUAUUAUUUUAUUACCAAUUAUUUUUAUUUAUAAAAUUAUUAUUAUAAAUACCUCCAUAAAUUUAGUACUCUAUCUUUAUGCAAUUCUACGUUUCCUUAUCUUUAUUUUUUAUAUUAAUACAUCUAUUUUUUAUAUUUAUAAAUAUACAAACAAUAUAUUUUUUAAUCAUUUUACUACAGAUUUCAUAUAUCUACUUUAUGUAAUUUUUUUCCUUUCAUAUGUAUCUUUUUAUAUUCUUCUAAAAUAUUACAUAUUUAAUCAUUUAUAA